AUGGUUGUCGCUACCAUCAAGUGUGUCGUGGUUGGAGACGGUGCCGUGGGAAAGACAUGUCUGCUCAUCUCGUACACAACAAACAAAUUCCCCUCUGAAUAUGUUCCUACGGUCUUCGACAACUAUGCGGUUACUGUCAUGAUCGGUGAUGAGCCCUACACCUUGGGUUUGUUUGAUACCGCCGGACAGGAGGAUUAUGAUCGUCUUCGCCCUCUGUCGUAUCCCCAGACCGAUGUCUUCCUGGUCUGCUUCUCCGUCACCUCCCCCGCAUCCUUUGAGAACGUUCGCGAGAAAUGGUUCCCCGAAGUCCACCACCACUGCCCCGGUGUUCCCUGCUUGAUCGUCGGUACCCAAGCCGAUCUGCGCGACGACUCUAGUGUCCGCGAGAAGCUCUCCCGUCAAAAGAUGGCGCCCAUUCGCAAGGAAGACGGUGAUCGUAUGGCCAAGGAUCUGGGUGCUGUUAAAUACGUCGAGUGCUCGGCUUUGACCCAAUACAAACUGAAGGAUGUUUUCGACGAGGCUAUCGUCGCCGCUCUUGAACCUGCCCCGAAGAAGAGGUCAAAGUGCGUCCUGCUGUAG